AUGGCCGGAGUUCAAGAAAUCCGCUUUGGAACAGAUGCAUUGCUUGUUGUCAUAGGCAUCGACUCAGACCAAGUUGUGCGAUUAAAGGAGGUACGACCUGCAGGCGACAAACCGGCGCCCACAGUCAUAAAGGGCAAUCGACUUCUCGACGGCUCUCUUCCAUUGACCGACAUACGGCUUGCGGGACAUGGCACUGGCGAGCACAAAAGCUCCAAAACUCUCGUGUGCGGUUCCGUCACAUCACGUCUCAAGUACAAAUCGCAUCGAGAAUCUGAAAGUCCAGAGCAGCGAACGCUAGAAAUCAUCUCCUACGACGAUGUCACGAAGCUCACUGUAACGGCGACUCUUGUCGCGUACCAUGGGACGCCAACCUUACGUUCCUUUGCUACCGUGCGUAAUGAUGGAGACGAAGACAUAGUGGUUUCCCAGGUCACCUCGCUCGUGAUGGGAGGACUGACUGGGUCAUUGACUGGACAUACUCGUGAAUGGUGGCACGAGUUUGUGGAGUCAAGCGCGACGAAUACCUGGUUCCGAGAAGCCCAGUGGCAUGACCACGACCUUCCCAGCAUCGGGUUGGACACCAUCGGCCUCUAUGAACUGAACCAAGGACAUUUAGCCAGCCAUAUCACCCACUCACUGUCCAACAGUGGCAGUUUCUCGACCGGUGGCAUGCUGCCAAUGGGAAUGUUGAAGCGAAAGCAAGGAAAAGAGACGUGGCUGUGGCAGGUCGAGAACAACGGUUCCUGGAGAUGGGAACUGGGGGACUUUAACGACGACAUAUACGUCGCUGUAAGUGGCCCAACAAACUACAACCACGCUUGGAAAGAAUGCCUUCGGCCUGGCCAGAGUUUCACGACAGUGCCCGCGGCACUUGUUCACGUCUAUGACGGAAUUGACGCGGCCUUUGGGGCUUUGACAACCUAUCGACGGAAGAUACGUCGGAAACACCCCGACAACGAAACUCUUCCGAUCAUCUUCAACGACUACAUGAACUGUCUCAUGGGUGACCCGGACGAAGAGAAGGUCAAGUCGCUCAUCCAACCAGCCGUAUCUGCUGGUGCCGAAUAUUUCGUCAUUGAUGCGGGCUGGUAUGCAGACGAGACCGAUUGGUGGCCCAGCGUGGGCGAGUGGGAGCCUUCUACGAGACGAUUCCCAUCCGGCUUCAAGUCUCUCAUCGACACUAUCAGGGCUGCCGGUGUAAUUCCAGGUGUAUGGGUCGAACCCGAGGUCAUGGGCGUUCGCAGCAAGGCCGUAUCCGAAUUGCCCCCAGAAGCCUUCUUUCAGGAAAAUGGCAAGCGCGUUGUGGAAAAACAGAGAUACCAGCUCGACUACAGCUGUCCGGCGGUUAUAGCGAGGAUGGACAAGAUCAUUGACAACCUUAUUCUCGAACAUGGGAUCGGAUACUUCAAGUUCGACUACAAUAUCGAUGUCGCCAAUGGAACGGACGCCAACGCAUUCAGCUCCGGCGCCGGGCUGCUGAAGCAUAACCGCGCCUACCUGGACUGGAUCCAAGGUAUCUUCAACCGCCAUCCAGAGCUAGUCAUUGAAACCUGCUCAAGCGGAGGACAACGGCUGGACUACGCCAUGCUCGCCAUCCAUCCCAUCCAAUCCACAAGCGACCAGCAAGAUCCAGUCCGCUACGCCGCCGUGUCAGCCGCGAUCGCCACGGCGGUGACGCCAGAACAGAGCGCUUCCUGGGCAUACCCGCAGCCCGACUGGAGCGACGAGAUCAACGCACUGACCGUCGUCAACAGCCUGAUGGGCCGCGUACACCUAAGCGGUGCACUGCAUAAGCUCAGCGAACACCAGCUCGCCCUCAUCCGCGAAGGCAUGGACAUCUACAAGACCAUCCGACACGACAUCAAAGACGCGACGCCAUUCUGGCCGCUGGGACUGCCGAAGUGGCAUGACGAUUGGCUGGCUAUGGGACUCAAGGCACCGGGGUGUCGGUAUAUAGCAGUGUGGCGUCGCGGUGGCGACUCGUCAUGCUCUUUACCGAUCUCGGGCAUUGCCAAGGAGUCUACUGUGACGGUAGACUUCCUGUACCCGCUAGGCUUCGAGAUAGAUAUGAGCUGGGAUGCUGAAGAGAGCCUGCUGCAGGUCAAUCUUGCCUCCACCGUUUGCGCGCGAUUGUUGAGAAUCAACGAGCGACAAACAACGUAG